AUGUCUGAUCACGAGGAAGCUCAGCCUGCUUGCGUUGUUGAAAUAGCCGAGACUGGUGAUGUUUUUCUAGUCACGGGCCCGGAGAAGCUCAAGUUGCGUGUCGAGUCGCUCAUUCUCAAAGCAACAUCCAAACCAUUUGCUGCCAUGUUGGGGCCAAAUUGGACAAGAGGCCGCGAACAGCCUAGUUCGGAGAAACCAGUGGAAAUACUUCUCCCUGAAGACAAUGCCGUCUCUCUAAAGUAUAUUUGUGCAGUUACCCAUUCUCGGAGCCAAAUGAUUCCUAAGGAUGUUUCAGCACAGGAUAUUCUCGACAUUGCAAUUCUGGCUGACAAGUACGAUUUUUUUGAUGCUUUGGAAAUGGCGAGCCGAUCCUGGCUUCAAGUUUGUGAGAAAAAUGAAGCAGGAAAUAUGGCUCUCAUGGCUGCAGCAUUCGUGUUUGGGAAUGCGCAAUCUUUCAGACAGACUUCUAAGGCUCUCGUUAUGGACUAUGCUGGUUCUUACCUUGAAAUCUAUACCGAGAGGAUUGAAAAGAUAAUGGAUUGGAGAGCGGUCUGUAAGUGA